AUGACUUCGCUAAUUGAAUUGUUAUACAGAUUCGACACCUAUCUUACAAGUCAGCUAGAGGCAAAUUCGUUUACAUCGAAUUUACUAAUAACUCCGACUUCGAAGUUCAUUACUGAAAUUCUUGUUUUGACAUUUAUUGGUCUUUUGAGCUACGAAAUCAUCUACUGGAGUGGGAUUUAUUUAAAUGUAUGGGAAUAUCAUGCAAAAGAUGUCUUUACUGAGGUGCCAAUUCAUUGUGCUCAUGUCAAUAUACGAUUGAAUAUUAUCAAUCGAUCAAGUGAAUCCCAAUUGAAGGAGUAUUACGAUAUCAAAAAUAAAUCAAGGUACCACAACAUCUUAUAUUGGAAGCAAUUGAAUGACUUGAGUGAAGGUUUGUUCAAGUUAAACAAGUUUGUUAAAUAUUACUUUGAAUUUAGUCCCGAUGACUUUGAAAUGAAUAAAGAACCCGAAUUUGGAUCCACCGUGCUGCAUUUAAGGGCCAAAAUUUUAAAACUAUUCAAUGAAUCGGAACUUUACAGGAAUUACGAAAAAACCAAUGUUCAACCUAAUGACGUUAAAAUAUUCAAUAAUCAAAAUAGGGAGGUGCCAAUUGAAGAGAAUGAUAACUACUUGAGUAAAUGUAACAUCGAAACAGGCAACACCAUUGAUGCUAUUGUCAUAUUAUGA